CACACACACACACACUCCCCCCCACCUCACCUGUCCUCCUCUCGUCUCCUCAGGAAACAGGAAGUGGAAGAAGACGUGCUGCGUCCCGUCCUUCAUCCUCUUCGCUGUGGUUCUGGUCUGCCUGCUGAGCGGCGUGGCUCUGCUGUCCGUGUUCAAGGUGGACGGGGAGAACCGCACGGUGAACGGCGUGCUGAUCGCCGUGGGCGGCGUGGUGGGUCUGGCUCUGCUGCUCAACUGCCGGACCUGGUGGAGGGUGACGGACUCGGUGCUGAACUCUCAGAGGAAGAGGCUCCACGGAGCCGCCAACAGGAUGCACAAGCUGAAGAGUGAGGGCUUCAUGAAGGUGCUGAAGACUGAGGUGGAGCUGAUGGCGAGGAUGGCGAAGACCAUCGACAGCUUCACACAGCAUCAGACCAGACUGACCGUGGUCAUCGACGGACUGGACUCAUGUGAACAAGACAAAGUCCUCCAGAUGCUGGACACGGUCCGGGUCCUGUUCUCUAAAGGCCCCUUCAUCUCCAUCUUUGCCAGCGACCCUCACAUCAUCAUCAAGGCCAUCAACCAGAACCUGAACAGCGUGCUGAGAGACUCCAACAUCAACGGUCACGACUACAUGAGGAACAUCGUCCACCUGCCCGUCUUCCUGAACAGCAGAGGACUGUCCUCCGCCAGGAAGAUGUGCAGCACGGCGCCUAGCAACGGGGACGCAGACGGUUGGCAUGAGGAGUUAGACAGGAAACUGUCUCAGCACAGUUUGGGAGAAUUAACCAAGUUUGGCAGCAAGACGACGCUGAACCGCAGGGACACGUACCGGAGGAGACAGGUGCAGCGCUCGGUGACCCGUCAGAUGUCCUUCGACCUGACGAAGCUGAUGGUGACGGAGGACUGGUUCAGUGACAUCAGCCCUCAGACCAUGAGGAGGCUGCUCAACAUCGUGUCCGUCACGGGACGCCUGCUCAGAGCCAAUCAGAUCGGCUUCAACUGGGACCGCCUGGCGUCCUGGAUCAACCUGACGGAGCAGUGGCCCUACAGGACGUCCUGGCUCAUCCUGUACCUGGAGGAGACCGACGGAGUCCCAGACCAGGCCACGCUCAAGACCAUCUACGAGAGGUCAGAGGGCCCCUGUAUGAGGGUGUGUGAGUGAGUGAGUGAGUGUGAGUGUGAGUGAAUGUGUGAGUGAGUAAGUGUGUGUGUGAGUGAA